AUGGAUCGUAGCGAUGAGGCGAAUGAAUUUGUUUUGAAAGAAGUGAAAAAUUUAGCAAAACUUCAUUCAGAAUAUGUGGUCACAUAUUAUCACUCAUGGCUUGAGUCCAAUCAUCUCUUCAUUCAAAUGGAAUUCUGUUCACAAAGUCUUAAACCUGUUUUGAAAGACAAACCCAUUGUCUUCGGGAGACAACCGGAAGACCAGAUGAAUAUCUUAGAAUGUGUUCAAUACCUUCACGAGUCUAACCCUCCUAUCAUUCAUAGGGAUCUCAAACCCGAUAAUAUACUAAUUGAUCCCAACUUCAGAUCCAAUCGUUUCAUAAAACUGUGUGACUUUGGCUUAGCCAAAGAGAUCAACAUUAAUGGCCACACAUCGAGCCGAUACGGCCACACAUCAGGUGUGGGCACUAUUAAGUAUAUGUCUCCCGAAACACAUUUGGGUAAACAAUAUAACCAUAAAUCAGAUAUUUAUAGCCUUUACGUUAUCGGCGAAGAGAUAUUUAAUAUCGAUCUUCAGGCAUCACAAACUUUUAUGGCUAAGGAAUCGGUGAUCAAGACAUGCCUACAAUGUAUGUAUCGGACACUUCUGGCAAUGAUGUCAACACCCUUUUGGAAAGAUAGGCCGGAGUGUCGGCAAGUGUUGGCUAAAUGUAAUGAAUGGGCUAUCGAUAAGAACUGA